UUGUAACCGUGAAGGCUGAAAACCAGCCUAGACGCAAGAGGGCUGAACAGCUGAAAUGGAGACCAAGCAAGAGAAAAAGGAGGAGGAGAAAAAAGAAGAGAGUUCUGGUCUCAUUGAAUUCUUUAGUUCCUAUCAGGAGCUUUUCCAGUUUUGUAACAACCCAACCAUCCAUGGAGCUAUCCGACUGGUUUGUUCAAAGAAGAACAAGAUGAAGACUGCCUUCUGGUCGGUUCUCUUCUUCCUCACCUUUGGCCUCAUGUACUGGCAGUUUGGAAUUAUCUACAGGGAGUACUUCAGCUUUCCUGUCAACCUGAUGAACCUCAACUCUGAUAGGCUUACCUUCCCUGCUGUCACACUGUGUACUCUCAAUCCCUACAGGUACAGUGCAAUUCAGGAGCAGCUGCAAGAGCUGGAUCAAAUCACACAGCGGACACUGAUGGAGCUCUACAAAUACAACAUGUCCAUGGAGCAGAAGAAUUGGCAGGCCCAAUCCUUGCGGAAACGCAGCUCCAGGAGCCUGUACCGCCACAUCCAACGCCACCCGCUCUAUAGACACAAGCGUGAGACCAGCAUGGAGGAGAACAAUCCCCAAGUGGACAAGAGUGACUGGAAGAUUGGUUUCAUUCUGUGGAAUGAAAACAAGACAGACUGCUUCCACCAAAUGUACUCCUCGGGUGUGGAUGCCGUCCGAGAGUGGUACAGCUUCCACUACAUCAACAUCCUGGCGAGCAUCCCCGACAUCAAAGAACUCGACGAGUCCAACUUCACAAGCUUCAUCUAUUCCUGCCGUUUCAACGAGGGGACAUGCAACAAAGCGAACUACACUCAUUUCCAUCACCCUAUUUAUGGAAACUGCUACACGUUCAAUGACAACAGCAGCACACUCUGGAUGUCCUCCCUGCCUGGGAUCAAUAAUGGUCUCUCUCUAGUUGUCCGCACAGAGCAGAACGACUUUAUCCCACUUCUAUCCACUGUGACGGGGGCCCGAGUGAUGGUGCACGGUCAGAAGGAACCGGCCUUCAUGGAUGACGGGGGCUUCAAUGUGCGCCCCGGCGUCGAAACAUCCAUCAGUAUGAGAAAGGAAACAACAAACCGUCUUGGGGGCAGCUACAGCGACUGCACAGAAAACGGCAGCGAUGUGCCCGUGAAGAUCCUCUACCAAUCCCGUUAUACUGAGCAGGUCUGCAUUCGUUCCUGUUUUCAGAAUAGCAUGGUGGACCGGUGUGGUUGUGGCCAUUUCUUCUACCCCUUGCCCACCGGAGCAGUUUACUGUGACUACAACAAGCAUCCCGCAUGGGGUUAUUGUUAUUACAAACUCCAGGCUGAAUUCAAAACAGGCACCCUGGGCUGUUUCGCCAAAUGCCGGAAACCUUGCAAGGUGACAGAAUACCAGUUGUCAGCUGGAUAUUCACAAUGGCCCUCUGCUGUCUCUGAGGCCUGGGUGUUCCACAUGCUGUCACGGCAAAACAAGUACAACAUCACAUCCAAGAGGAAUGGAAUUGCCAAAGUGAAUAUAUUUUUUGAGGAGUGGAAUUAUAAAAGCAACGGGGAGUCUCCUGCUUUCACAGUGGUGACACUGCUUUCACAGCUGGGAAGCCAGUGGAGCCUCUGGUUUGGGUCCUCUGUCCUCUCCGUGGUAGAGCUGGCUGAGUUGAUUCUGGAUUUUGUCGCCAUCACCUGCAUCCUGACUUUCCGCCGGCUGUACUUGCACGAAUCCUCUGACCUCCGUACACCCAACAGCCAUGACACCACCUCCCAUGCUGCAUCUCCUGCCCCACAGCGUGCCCCACUCGAGUCUGAAGUUGCUGCGCUACCAUCCUACAACAGCUUGGAAUCACUAUCCCUGCACAGAGUUUCCUUCAGGAGAACAGAGUGAGGGGCCCAAGUGGCCAGAAUGGCUUGCACAAGCCCUUCUUGAAGCCUUCAGAUGGACAUUACUGCCGGCAGCUCACUGUACCUUUCAUACUUCCAUGAGGCAGAUUGGACCGAAAGGUCUCCUAGGAAGUUAUCAGCAGAAGGAUGUCAUAGUACACGUAUAGGGCCCAAGUGGCUUGGAAUG